AUGUUACCGGCACUCGCUCAGGCUGGAUUGCUUGGUCUCUCAUUCUUGUUCGAACGUAUCGCUGCCCAAGAAGACGAUCUUGGAAGCGUUCUCCAAUCACAGUCAAACUUGUCCACAUAUUACAAUUUAAUCAAGAAAUACCCCGAAGUCAUCCUCAAACUUCCAAAUUAUGAUGGCGUUACUAUUGUUGCGCCGUCAAAUUCAGCCUUUGACAACAUCCCGGGCACCCAACUAAACGGCAUCUGGAAUGAAUCAGACGCCUCCAUCGCCGUCCCCAUCCUGGAAUACCACAUCCUCCAAGGCACAGUCUCAACCGGCGCCCUCGAAUCGGGGCCCUCCGUCCUCCGAUCUUCACUCCUCCUCAACAAGGCCUGGACCAACGUGACCACCGGACAGAACGUCCUCGUCAACAAGCAGCCUGGCGACGUCAUCGUCUUCACCUCGUCUGAGGGCAUCCGCACCACCCAGGUCAAGGGUGACAUUAAGUUCGCCGGCGGACUCAUCCAAGUGGUCGACAACCUCAUGAUCCCGCCCGCCAGGCUCGAGAACACUACGGACUCUUUCAAGCUCCCAGCCUUCCUCGGCGCUCUCUACGCCGCCAAUCUCCUCCCGUCAGUAUCGGAGGAGAAGAACGUCACAAUCUUUGCGCCGCGCAACGAGGCAUUCCAACGCGUCGCCGGAUCCUUAAAAAACCAGGACAAAGAUGCCCUGAAGGAGUUUCUAAAUUACCACGUCGUCCCCGGUCGAAUCCUAGCUUCCUCCGACCUAAAGAACGGCACUAACCUCACCACCCUCGCAACAGAAAACAUAAGGGUCAUCCAGUCCGGCAAUAAUCUCUUCCUGAAUUCUGCGCAGAUCAUCCAGCCGGAUAUCCUCGUCGCCAACGGCAUCCUGCACAUCAUCGACAACGUGUUGAACCCAGACGCCCCGUCCAUGACGCCGAACCCGAGCGCCGUCACUCAGGCGCCCGCUUAUCCCGAGAGCUCGGCCUCAGGGCUGCCGUUCACGACGGCGAUCCCUUGUACCGUCAGCUGUCCCGUGACGACAACAGCCAGUCCCACGGCGGCGGCUUCGACGCGGUCUUCUACGACGGGGCUUAGGACUACGACUAGCCCCGGCGCGGCUGUGCGAACUGGUGUGGCUGCUGGUGCGGCUCUGCUUGCGGGACUUGCCGCGUUGGCUUAG